UAGUGACUGUGUCCGAGCGCUGGUGACAGGCGGGGUGCGCUGAACCUCCUGGCCUGUUAAGUGACUUCGUAAAGCAAGAGCAUAACCAUUAUAUUUGGUUAAAGCGUCUUGUAGGGAGCAAUUCACCUGUGGUCUCUGUAAAUAUCGUCACAAGGCCAUAUCAAACAGCUGGGGAAGCACGCAAAGGACCUCAGCAGCACCCUAACGCCAUGGCCCUGUGUUCCCUGCGAGGGGGCGAGGGGUAUUCAAUCAUGCAGUGCCUUUUGUUGACGUCGUUGGCACUCCUCAUGAUGCCGUGCCUGACUAAUGCCUUCCUGGGGCGUGGCACACUCCUAGAGCACCAAGGAGACAUCUUCAACCUGUACUGCGAUGAUUUUGACAGCAAUGUGAGAGUGUGGCACCACCGGGAGAUCACGAGGGAGGGAGUGAGGCGCGCCGUGGUCAGCUACUUCAAGGAGGUGACGCCAGCUAAGGGGACCUACGACCACAGGGACGGCAUGACCCUAGAGGAGGCCUAUGAGGAGUACUACGGCCCAGCCUACUCCCCCAAGCCCUUCCUGGACGCCGUCUCUAAGCUGGUGGACGCCGUGGCAGAGGCUGACACGGGCGUCUUGGGGGCUGAUCCGAGGUAUCACUUUGGCAACGAGAGGUUUUCUCAGUCCCAGAUGCUGCUGGCGGGUCGGUGGAGGCGGCUGGUGGCGGCGGGGCAGGCCGGGGACUACGAGGCGGCCCGCACCCUGCUGGGCCUGUCGCUCGCCGCCAUCCAAGACUUCUACUCGCACACCAACUGGGUCGAGCUCGGCAACAAAGACUUCAAUAGGGAUGUUGGUAUCACCGGCAAGGGCUUCCGCAACGUGGCUGACCCCAGGGAAAGCACGUGCGAUGACUGCCCGGAGGCUGCUGGAGGCGCCGGGUCCUGCCGUGACAACAUCCUGGAGGUCAUCACGGCGCAGGACAAGCUGACCUCCGGCUACACCGACGAUGUUUGGGUGGACGGGGCCAGAGUGGGCAAGCCGAAGGGCGUGGACAAGUGCAGUCAUGGAGGGCCCAAGGACAGGUCACGAGGGGACGGGGCAAGGGGCGGCAUCAACAAAGACCUGCCCACAGCCUGCUUCUCCCCACACAGCAACCUUCACCAGGAGGCAGCAGAGCAGGCAGUUGAGGCCACAGAGUAUUACCUCACUCUGCUGCGGCUAAGUCUGGGCAGCCCUGUGUUUGCCCGCCUGCUGGGGCUGUACCCAACUCCUGCCCUGGUGGUGGUCCUGGACACCACAGAGUCCAUGGCCCAGGAGCUCCAGGCCCUCACAAGAACCUUUGCCCGCCUGGCAGAACAACACAACUCGGUCGACUACCCACCUUCAGAGUACCUCCUGGUGCCCUUCAAUGAUCCUUUGUAUGGUCCCGUGGUGCGGUCACAGCACCCGGAGGACAUCCACGAAGCCCUGAGGCGGCUGAGGACGGGUGGGGGAGGAGACGAGGCUGAGCUGAGCAUGUCGGCGCUGCGUCUGGCCCUGCACCACGCCCCGCCACACUCCCGCGUCUUCCUCUUCACCGACGCCCCCAUCAAGGACCUGCAACUCUUUGAGCCUGUCGUCACGCUGGCACGCUCCAAGGCCAUCACGGUGACCCCAGUGAUAACUCUGCCUGUGAACUUCGAAAGAGUGGCUGGAAGGGAAGUGGUUGGUGUUCACAGCUUACUGAAUGAUGUACUGACCGAGAAUGUCACCUACACAACCCGGGAAGUGGAGGAGGAUACUGAGGUGCUGAGCAGAAUGACAAGCAACAACAGUCACAAUAGUUCCAAGAGGAGACCCAAGCGUCAAAUCAGAAAUUACAGCAAAUAUGAGGAGCUGGCAGAGAGGACGGGUGGCUUGGCGGUGAGGACGACCAGGGACAGGGUGGAGGAGGUGGCCAGGAUGAUGGAGGUGGAGCAGUACCCUCAGGCUGUGUUGUGGCGGGUGGUGGGUUUGUCGACAUCCCAGCGAGUGGAGAUCCCCAUUGACACGCUGGUGAGGGAGAUUGAGGUGUCUAUAUCAGGCGGUGUCACUUCUGCCACUCUGUCUUCUCCCUCAGGUUCAGUUUUUCACCUGUUGUCCCAGAGCAGCAGAGGUGAGCCCAAGGGAUACACGCAGGUUGUGUCCACACCUUACCUCCUCCAGGCUCGUCUAGACCUGACGCAGCGGCAGGAGGACCUCGGGGACUGGACGCUAAGCUUUGUGCCGAGGGAGGUGUGUUCCGUAAUCGUGUCUGCCCGCACAAAAAUGGACAUCUUGCCUGUCUUCUAUCUGCCUGAUAACCGAGCCUUCCAGCCCUCCCUCCAGCGCGUCCAGGACCAGCCAAGCCAAGAUUUGGAUUCCUAUUUGGACAUGGUGAUCACGGGGGUGGACAGGGCUGGUCUGAGGCAGGUGGAUGGCGCUCGUCUCCUGGACAGGUCAGGAAGUGAGGCUGCCAUCAAGCUUCCCUCCUCCUCCCCUCGCCGCAACACCUACCUCAGCUUGCCCACCCGGGACCUGCCGCAGGAGAGGUUCAACGUGGCCCUCGUGGGGAAGGACAGCUCUGGCCACCGGUUCCGAAGGGAGAGUGUGGCGACGUGGGAAAAGGUGGAGUCCAUGAUUUCUUUCCCCUUGGGCCGGGACAUCUGGGGCCCUCCCGGCUCUAUCCUGAAGGUGCCCGUCACCGUCACCAACACGGACACCAGCAGCGGCACCACCAACACCUUCUUCCUUACCGCCAAUGAUGCUUUUGGCACUCCCGUCACUCUUGACCAGUCACAGGUGACUCUGGGACAGAACGAGACGGCAACUGUGGUGGCGACGGUGUUUGUGGAUCCCCAGUCACCGCCGCGCACCACCAACAGCCUGGUGGUGAGCGCCUUCUCCCCCCGUGGUGACACCUCCCACGCCCGGGCCCACGUCUCCAUCACUCGUCGGGAUGUUAAUUCUAAUGCUCCAACGUGUGAGGUGUUGACCAAAAGCCCCUGCAGCAGCGACUCCCUGUCAUCCACCAGCUGCUCAGCGGAUAGUUGGUCAGUGAGGUUCAUGGUGAGAGAUGACACAGGGGUGUUUGAUGUGAAGUCUCAGCCAUAUCAAAACUUCCCAACCUUCGUGAGUGGUGUUAAAGAGGUUGAAUUAGAGUACAAGUCUUCCUGCUGCAACCCCAAAGUCACAAUCACGGCCAGAGAUGUGGAUUCCAAUAUCGGUGUUUGUUACAUCACCAACGGAGACCUGGACUCCAGCAAUGAGGAUGCUGAAGGUCUCAGCACAGCAGCCAUCAGUGGCAUUGCUGUGGGCUCGGUCUUACUGGUGCUGAUAAUUGUUGCAGUCGUGGUCAUUUUUGUAAUGCGCCAACGACGCAGCAAGAAAGAAGACGUCACUGUGAGAAGACCACCACGAAGGCUGUCCACGGAAUAGGAACACGCGAGGGAACACUCAGGGAAGAAGGGAACAGAAACAUCAGCUGCGAGGACUGAGGAGCCAGUGUAUGAGGAGCCCAUCGUCCCCUUGUCCAGGUUUGAGCAGGAGCAGCAAAGAGAAAACACUUAUGCUUCCGGCUUCUCGACAGUCUCCUACACAGACUCAUUCUCCUCUAACCCUUCUACUGGAGGAGAGAGCUGCUCUACAGGAUAUAGCUUAAGCCCGGGGCCUUCGCAUUUCCAGUCCUUCACACCAUCAAGCCGGGGAAGUGCCUCGGCCAGGUCAUCUGUCACUUCCUCGGCACUCUCAAGAAGCUCCUACCAAUUUGGAUUCUGGAAGGUGAAGUUCCUCAGACCACCAUCGGUCUUCACCGUCAACAAGGAUAAACUGUCCGAGACAUGAGAUUUUGCUUGUCACCAAUACCGAGACUUUGUCAUGGAUACGGGAUUAAGUAAGCAAUCAUUUUUUAGGCAACCAUCAGUACUCAUCAAGUGACAUUCCCAAGAGGAGGGAGGAAAGAAGGAGAUGCAGCAAGCUAUGGCAAAAAAUAUUCUGUUGUGUGAAAGCUGUGCCUCUGAUCCUUUAAGCUCUUCAUGCUUUGGUUGAAACUGUGCCUCUAAUGUAAAUAGUUUUUGUGGCUGCAGAGUAAUGCCUUGAGAGUAUUUAUGGUUGCACAGUGAAAUAGUCUGUGUAUGGCCAAGUAUUCUACAGUACCUCAGUUUCCACAACAUCUGGGUGGUGCUAAUCGUGGUGUCAGUGGUGGAGAAAUCAGAUGGAAGCAGCAGAUGGGUGUUCCCUCACUCAUAUAUGAAAACUUUUUCUGUACCAGUAUCUAAGAAAUUAUAUAUCAUACUUUUCUUGAAGUAUGUCAGUGUCACCCCCAUGUGUUCUGGUGUAUGUUCACGUGCUAGGCCAGUGCUGAGUACGUCCGUCUUUGUAUACCCUCUGAAUCUCCCUUAGGGGCCCCAGUACAGGACAGGUGAUUCUGGCAGUGAUUGUUGUGACUGUGUAGCGCUGUUGUGUGAAUGUGUUACCAGGACUUCCUGUCUGUCUUUCUUGCACUGAGCUUCCUUCCCUCUCCAUGUAAUUCACAGGAAAGUGCUUUGAAUUAUUGUGGUCCAAAUUCAAUUUUUUUUUCUAACUUUAUUGAGGAUUCUUAUGUAAAUGAAUGAUUAAGAAUAAGUCUGUGUCAUUGUUUUGUACUUUUUUAUAGUUUAUAUUGCAAGAUACAUCAGUCCUCCCAAGGGGAGCUGAACAGAAGUUUGCAACAACGUGAGGUAAAGAAGAAAAAUUU